AUGGCGGCCGCCGGCGGGAAUAGCAGGGGUGAGCGGUGGAGCCUGGAGGGCGCGACGGCGCUCGUCACCGGCGGUAGCAAGGGGAUCGGUCACGCCAUCGUGGAGGAGCUGGCUGGCUUCGGUGUGCGGGUGCACACGUGCUCGCGCAGCGCGGCAGAUCUGGAGGCGUGCCGACGGCGGUGGUCCGAGAAGGGCCUGCUCGUCACCGUCUCCGCCUGCGACCUCGCCGUGCGCGCCGACCGGGAGAGGCUCAUGGAGACUGUCAAGGCCACCUUCGACGGCAAGCUCGACAUUCUGGUGAACAAUGCGGCGCAGUUGUUCCCGAAACCGGUGGCGCAGUGCACGGCGGAAGACUUCUCACGUUGCAUGGCGAUCAACCUGGAGUCGUGCUUCCACCUUUGCCAGCUCGCGCAUCCUCUCCUCCUUAAUGCCUCCCUCGCUGGCGGCGGAAGCGUCGUCAAUGUCUCCUCCAUUGGAAGUUUGCUGGCCUACCCCGACAUCACCCUCUAUGGCACUGCCAAAGCCGGAAUAAACCAACUAACAAGGAGCCUCGCCGCCGAGUGGGCUAGCGAUAAGAUUCGUGUGAACUGCGUGGCACCUGGGGUGAUCAUGACCGACAUGGCGAAAGAGGCACCACCAGAGGCCAUUGAGCAAUCGUUAACCAGGACCCCUAUGCGGCGGGCCGGCGAGCCGGUGGAGGUGGCGUCCAUGGUGUCCUUCCUCUGCAUGCCGGCGGCGUCCUACGUCACUGGCCAGGUCAUCUGCGUGGACGGCGGCUGGACCAUUAGUGCCUGA